AUGGCAAAUAUGUUUGGAGCUCUUAACAGAUUUAUCUCGCGCCUGGACUCAGAUCCACAAGCCCAGAAGCAGGGUGGAGCAUCCGACACGUACGGCUUCCAGGUGCUUCGCAACAACAACCCAGAGCUACCCCUGGAGCCAUGGUUCGACUCGAUCAUUGGUAUCAACGGCCGCACCAUUGAUAAUCCCGAGCCCAGUCUGUUCGUUCAGGAGUUGCGCAAUUGCGCCGGCACCAACAUCAGUCUCGGAGUGUACAGUGCCAAGGGACAGCAGAUCCGCGAGGUCUUCAUCUCUAUCCCAGCAGACGGAUCGCCGCUCGGUCUCGCUCUGCAAUGGUCGCCGCUCACGACUACUGAAGCUGUAUGGCACAUCCUUGAUGUCAUUCCCAACUCGCCCGCCGACGUCGCUGGACUUCUCCCCUACAGCGAUUAUGUUAUUGGAAGCCCGGAAGGCUUGAUGAGGGGUGACAGCGGGCUUAGCGAGCUGAUUGAAGACUUCCUCAACCGCCCACUCCGACUGUACGUCUACAACAACGAAUACGACGUGACGCGCAUGAUCACAAUCACCCCUUCGCGUGGUUGGGGUGGUGAUGGCGCCCUGGGCUGCGUUCUGGGAUAUGGAGCUCUCCAUCGUGUGCCUGCUCCCUUGAACGAACCAGCACAAGCGCCCGGCGAGACCCUCUUCGAAACAGCCCGCUUCAGCAACGAAGAGCCUCGUUCUGCUUCCACCCCAUCCGGCGACUUCCUGGUACCUGCAAACUUGAACCUCAGCGCCACUACCCCACCUGCAAGUACUGGAGUGACGGGAGAGAAGAGGGGCUCUAGAAAACAACGGGUCCACCAUGCCAUAUCCCCUACUGCUGGUCUCGACGACUAUUUUGCCGAGGGAGAGCAAAAGAGCCGUGAGUUGGACAACGCGCCUACUCCCAAGCCAACUCAGGGUCUACCGCCUCCACCAAAGGCAGGUGGCCCACCAAGAUCCACAAAAUCGCCUGCUGUUGAUGCAGCUUCUGAGGAGCUCGAAGCAGAAGUAGGAGACGCUUGA